CUUGGAUGUGCUCGACUGAGCACACAGAUAGAGAUUCUUACAACAUACAUCGACUCAAUCGAGGCGAAAGUCGACGUUCCUCACCCUAUGCUUGAUACUCAAGACUUUAUGAUGAAGCAAAUGUGUGAAGCCGAAGAAGAAAAUUAUGAGUUCCAGCGAGACAUUGAAGAUAUAUCAAAGGAGGAGAUCCAUGGGCUUGGUUCUCAAGUCCCUCAUCUCACGACUGACUUGGAGAAUUCACUUUCGGACCCAUCACACUGUGUCACCAGGUGGACAAGAUGGUACUCGACUUGCUCCACUGAUGCCCUUAUUGUUUCGGAGGUUGACGAUAGAGCUCGCGUGGAAAAAGCUCUAUUUCUGGAAUUGGGAAUUGCUCGUGACCGAACCUGUUUCAUUCAGAACAUAGCCACUCGGAUCCACCGUGCCCGCCUUCUGGCCUCUAUGGCCAAGCUACCACUUCUCGAAAAUACGAAGGCGUGGCAUGACCAUCUGAGAGUAGACCCAUCAUUUUGGCGCCGUCUGUGGGAAGUUCUUGAAGGAAUUAAGAGCUUUGCACCUAGCUCCGAUCCGUCUCUAAUGGCUGAGAAGAAAGGUUUGCAGAUGAACAUGAACGAGGAGUUUUGGGGGGCUUGGACGGAUAGAAGACCACCACCUCUCUCCACCCCUAGACCUCCGGUGAUGCAGGUGCUGGGACUACCACCAUUUGGAGGACUUCCACCUCCGGGAGUGAGUUUGGGUGGAGAAACACCCAUUACUCCACCUGGAGUGAAGAUGCAGGUGCUGACCCCAGCAGGAGCAAGUCAAAACCCCUAUCCAAAUGGAGGAAGCGAACAAACGGAGAUAUCUCGACGUGAGGGAAAACAAAUCCAAGAGGUGCCGGAGCAGACACUUGCACAACCUCGUGUCGAGGAGCAAACAAUGACAAUGACGAGAAGUGAAAUGCAAAAGAUGAUAGCGGAAGCAAUAACAGCUCAACUGAAGCAGACUCAGACCGAGCAACCUAGGGUCGAGCAACCUAGGGUCGAGCCACUGAGGAUCGAGCAACCAAAUUUCGAGCGCGAACAACAGGCCCAAUCCAAUGAGAGGCUUAACAGGAGGGCAGAAGAGGAAGCAUCCUCCAUCAGGACUGUUAACCCGCGAGCGAGAGACGAUACACUGGAGCAGUUGCUAGCCCAAGUUCGUGAUUUACAGGCCCGAGUCGAGGGGAGGAAAACUGGGGGUUCGAAGGGACAUCCGUUCUCGCAGCACAUUCUGGAUGCCGACCUACCACCGGGUUUCUGUGAUCUAAACAUAAGUUACGAUGGGUCGAACGAUCCAUCUAGACUCUUGAGGAGUUUCGAGAAUAUGGCAGUACUGCAUCGUUAUAAUGACCCAGUGCAAUGUCAAGCUUUCUUGACAACCUUGCGAGGAUCUGCCCAGGAUUGGUUCCAUCAGCUACCAUCGGGAGCCAUCAAGGACUUUGAUGGAUUCAACUCGAGUUUCCUCAACCAAUUCUCAAGUGUUAAACCUCAAGAGAAGUCGAAUCUAACCUUGAUGGGCCUACAACAGAAAGAAGGCGAAUCAUUGCGAGAUUAUGUGGUGAGAUAUACGCGUACCUGCGUCGAUGUGCCUAGGGCGUUGGAGGAAAUAAAAGCAGGAGGGUUGACUCGAGGGUUGCUGCCAGGUUUGUGCAGGAAUUCUUUGGCAAAGUGCCCGAGUAGAAUGUUCGAUGAAGUACUGGGGAGAU